AUGUCCCGUACAACCAAAACCCGCUCAACACGUCGAUGUUACUCUCCCUCUCCAUUGCGAGACUCGGAUCGACACUACUUUACAUCCUCAUCAACAUUAACAUCUCUUUCUCCAAUUAGAUAUAAAUACACAUAUAUCGAUACUACUUCUCAGCGCCCUGGAUAUGUGAGUGCGAGGGUUGGUGGGAAAGAGGAGAGAGGAAGAGGAAAGGAGGAGGGAGAGGAACGUUAUACUUCUAGCUCUUCUCCUUCUCCAUCACCAUCACCACGUCUCAGAAGGAAUCGCUCAAUAUCGAUUUUACGAAGUGGAUCUAGAUCUAGUUAUGUUCGAGAGUAUGGCCGAGGGGAUGGUCAAGGAUAUGGGGUCGGAGGUAGGGAUGAGGAUGGUCAAGCGGAUACUCAAGAAUCAAAAAGAGAAACAAAAACAUCGAUUUCGUAUAUCACUCCCAGUCCCAGGGCUUCGAGUCCGAGAACUCCAGGUCUAGGAGCUUCAAACACUCAAUACGAAUAUAGAUAUACGUCAGCGCUAUAUCCUACUUCUUAUCCGGUAGGGUAUCAUAGUAUCUCUCCACCAUCAUCCCCCACAACCCGCACAACCCGAGUCCAUAUCAAAAACAUCAACAACCUCGAAAAUAGAAACAUCAAUUCUAAUCACAAUCUCAAUCCCCAACACCCCAGCAAAACAAAAGUCAACAUCUCAUUUUCUACCCAGAAAUCUGAAGAUCGAAGAUUCGAUAGCGAACAAGAUAUUGAGGAGGAACAGAGAGGAAGGAGGAGGAGUAGAUGUAGAGUUCGAAGCUGUAGUAGAGGAAAAGAUAUAAGAAAUCGCACACCCACGCCUUAUUAUGAGGGGUUUGUUAGGUGUAGGUGUAGGUGUAGAGAUGGGUGUAGAGAUGGGGAUGGGAAUGAGUGUGAAUGUCGAAGAGGGGAAAGGGAUGUAAGAAUUUGGGGAAGGAGAAGUCGUGAGAGAAGUUGUAAGAGAGAAAGGGACAGAAAAAGUGAGAGAGUAUUGGAAUACAAGUAUAUUUCUCCCGUUUCUGUUCCUAUAGGGGAUGCAGUUUCCAGACCGAGAGAUGGAGAGAGAGAACGAGAAAGACGGAGAGGAAGAGGAAGAGGAAGAGAACCAGAAAUAGAAAAAGUGGUUGAAUAUAUCAAUCUUGAUCUUGAUCGACAUCAAAAUCGAAAUCGAAAUCGGCAUCGAGAUCAAGAUAACAAUCUAGAAUCGGAUAGAGAUACUGGGCGCAGGGGAAGAAGUAUAACUCGCAUUCGGAGUCUAGCAAGAUCCAGAUCCAAAUCUAGAUCAAGAGAAAGAGGAACUGGGGAGGGUAGAGAGAAAACUCGAUAUAUAUCGAAGCGGUCACUGUCGAGGUCGAGAAACAUGCACAGGGAUAGUAAGGAAGAUAUUAGUACGAGUACGAGUAAAAGGAGAACGAUGUAUUACAUCCCUCAUGUGUCUCAUAUUUCUCGCGAUGAUCGGGGAAGGGAUCGGAGUAGGAGUAGAGGGAAUUACAAACGCAGGGACACAUCAUCUAGCACUUCCGCUUCCACUUCCACUUCAACUUCCGAUUCUACUUCCGAGGAAAUAGAGCGAGAAGUACGAAUUAAACGGAAAUACAGUGUUAAUGGUGUGUUGAGAGAUGAAGGGGCAAAAGGGGCAAAAGGGAGAGGAGGGGGAGGCGGUGCAACCGGAAGAAAGGAAAGGGAAAAAAAGGCAAGGGGUGUAAGAUUUAUGAUCUAA